AUGCCUGGUGGGGUCGGAGCUGGUCGUCACCGCAAUGGUGACAACAACGGCAGCAGCGACAACAAUGGCGGAAACGGCGGUCACAACGGACAAUAUCACGGCGGCCACCCACUCUAUCAAAACCAACAGAUGUCCCAGAACGGAGGUCCUCUUCCUUCCAAGCCUCGAUCGGGAGGUUUUGAUGGUCCUGGAGAUCGCUCUGGUAACCUCUCCAACAUGACUGGCCCCUCUACUCCCGGUGCCAAUACCCCUUCAGCCUUCACUCCUGGUGGUGGACAGCGAGCUUUUGCUCCCUCUCCAUUCCCUGGUAUGUCGGCCAAUGCAGGUGGCACAGGAACUCCAAGCUCCCAGCGAGGUGUUCCCAUGCAAUCGCAAUCCCAACAGGGUCCACCUCCUCAAGUCGCUCAAGAGCGCCAGAACCCCUACGCCGGCAAGGCUCUUGGAUAUGAUCCCGCACGUCCUUCCGGUCCCGUACAAGAGAAGACAAAGGUGAUCACCAACACUCGUAUGGAGCUGCCCGAGGAGGCUUAUCGUGUACGCGACAAUGGAGAUUACAACUUCGAGAGCAAGUUCCCACUGAGAAAGGGUAACUUCAACACCACCGGCAAAGCAAUCAUCAUUCGUGUCAACCAGUUCAAGGUUCUUCAAUGGCCUCAAGGACAUAUUCAACAAUAUGAUAUCCAUAUCGGUGAUGGUGCUGAGACGCGUGGCAAGGUCUAUGCCGCCUGGAACUCCAGAAAAGUUCAAGAUCAGCUUCAGAAGUUGUCACCUAACUGGCUCUGGGACGGUAACAAGAUUGCAUGGUGCCUCGGAGAUAUCCCUGAGCAGCGCAUUCUUGUUGAUUUUAAUGAGGAGAAGAACAAGCGUGUUCGCCCAGGAGCCCCCCCACCCCCCGAGGAUAAAGUCUUUGUCAUCAUCCGCCCAACCGUUAAAGUCAACAUGAGCGUCGUUCAGGCUUAUUUGGAUGGCACUCUUCCUACUUUUGACAAGAGCAUCUUGGCUGCUAUCAACUUCUUGGAUCAUGCCAUGCGCCAAGGCCCAUCGGAGACCUAUACUAUGAUCAAGCGCUCAUUCUUCAGCAGAGGAAAUGUCAGCACUCAGCUGGACAAUGUCGUUGUCGCUAUGAAGGGUGUCUACACCUCUAUCCGCCUUUGUGACCCCAAGGCUUCUAUGGGUACUCCAAGCACUGGUUUAGCUUUGAACGUUGAUGUUGCCAAUGGCACUUUCUGGGCUGCGCAGGAGAUCCACCAGGCCGCUCGUAACUACACCAGUCUCCCCCGCAAUAGAGCACUCUCCUACCAAGUCUUCCGUGACAAUUUGCUUCCUGUCCGUGGUCCAAAUGGUCAGCCAACCAUGUCUGAGGAUUUCAAGACUCUUCGCAAGAUGACCAAGUUGAAGUUCAUCGUGAAGCAUCGUGGCAAGGGUGACGACCAUAAGCAAUACACCAUCAAGAGAUUUACUUUUGAGAAGGGUGAUGCUUAUGCCAAGACUGGUGCUCAUGCCAGAAAUACUAGAUUCAAGUACAAGGAUCCCAAAAACAACUACGCUCUAGUUGACAUCACCGUUGAUGAGUUCUUCAAGCGUGUUUACAACAUCGACCUCCAGUACUGGUGGCUUCCAUUGGUUGAGACUGCCAAGGCUGGCUUGUUCCCCAUGGAGCUCUGCACCCUUGUCCCUAACCAGCGUUACAACUAUAAGUUGAGCCCUGAACAAACUGCCGCCAUGAUCAAGUUUGCCGUCACCCGUCCCAGAGAGCGACUCCAAUCUAUCCAUCAUGGUGUUGGUAUGUUGAAGUGGGCUGAGGAUAAGUACCUCAAGGCCUUCGGUGUCAAGAUUGACCCCAAUAUGUCCCUGACCGCUGCUCGUCUACUCCAAAACCCUGAGAUCCAGUUCGCUGGUGCUAAGGUCAACCCUGGUACUCAGGGCCGCUGGGAUCUUCGUGGCAAGAAGUUCCUCUUGUCCAACCCUGAGCCUCUCAACUCUUGGGGCUUUAUCAUUGUUGAGGGUGCAUGCCAAGAGAGUGUCGUUCGCAACUUCGCUAAUGUCUUCAUCCAAACCUACAUUGGACAUGGUGGCAAAGUCCAGAAUAAGAACCCUGUCAUCUACGCCCAGGCGCAUCGUACGAAUAUUGCAGAAACCAUUGCUGCUGCGCGCAUUGCCAUUGGUAACCAAGUCAAGGCUAUGCCUCAGAUUCUCUUCUACGUUCUCCCUGCUCGCGACUCAUUCUUGUAUGAGCGCAUAAAGAAGAACUCUGAGUGUCGAUUCGCUCUGGUCUCCCAGUGCGUCAACGUUGUCCACGUCGUGAAGGCCCAGCCUCAAUACUGCUCUAAUGUCGCCAUGAAGGUAAAUGCCAAGCUCGGUGGUACCACUUCGAAGAUUGCCGCUCCCAAGGGCUUCUUCAGCAUCCCUACUAUGAUCAUUGGUGCCGAUGUCUCUCACCCUUCUCCGGGUAGUCCUCAGGCCUCCAUGGCUGCAGUCACUAUGUCUUUUGACAAGGAUUGCUGUCGCUAUGCAGCUGGUGUUCAGACCAACGGUCACCGCGUCGAGAUGAUAACCAGACAUAACAUCGAGACUGUGGUCAUGCCAAUGGUAAAGAACUGGGUCAACAAGGUCGGUGGUGGUAAUCCUCCUAAGCAUAUCUUCUACUUCCGUGAUGGUGUCUCUGAGGGCCAAUACACCCAUGUCUUGGACCAGGAGGUAGCCGACAUGAAGAAUGCUUUCGCGUACAUGUAUCCGGGCAAGGGUGAACAUAUCAAGUGGACCGUCGUUGUCUGCACUAAGCGUCACCACAUCCGCUUCUUCCCCAAGGAGCAUGACACUCAGGCUGGUGACCGCAACGCCAAUUCCCUUCCGGGUACUCUCGUUGAGAGAGACAUCACCCAUCCAUUUGAGUAUGACUUCUACCUGUGUGCCCAUGCCGCUAUCCAAGGCACCGCUCGUCCGGUUCACUACCAUGUGAUUGCCGAUGAGAUCAAGAUGCCCAUCAAUGAGUUCCAGAAGAUGGUGUACCAGUCAUCCUACCAGUACAUGCGCUCCACCACUCCGGUUUCGCUCUUCCCCGCCGUCUAUUAUGCACACUUGGCAUCUAACCGUGCUCGUGCCCAUGAGUCCAAUCCCGCUUCUGACGGCCCUCGCGGUGGUCAGAAAUUCGAGGAGAAGAUCCAAGACGAUGUGGCCCUACGUCGUGUUAAUACUGCCGCUCAUGGUUCCUCCCAGACCGGCACCUCGGUCCGAACCGAGGCUGCUCCUCUCAUGCCUUUGGGUAACCCCGAGAGCGUUGAGAUCAUGACAAAGAUCCGCACUUCCAUGUGGUACAUCUAA